AUGGCUUCAAGCAGUCGGAACCCUCUCACACGCCUGCAUGGGGUGUUCAAGAAGAUGACAUGGACCUUGUUCACGGCUUGGAUGAUCACGUCGCUGCUGAACGUAAUGUUUGGCUAUGAUACGACCAGUUUCGCUGGGGUGCAAAGCAUCCCUUCCUUUGAUAAGCAGUUCGGAACACCCUCCAAGGGUGGCACUUACGCCUUAUCACCAUCACGAGCGUCGUUCAUGAGCUCGUGCGCGUUUGCUGGGAAACUACUGGGCGCUUUGUCGGCGCCUCUGCCCGUCGAGUGGUUCGGUCAUCGCUACAUCCUUUGGUUGGGGUGCUGCAUUGCCUUCCUCGGCAUCAUCAUCGAGGCUACCUCGAGCACCGUGGCUCAGUUUGUGGUCGGUCGAAAUAUCAUAUACUUCAGCGUUGGGAUGGUUGAAGUUACUGUGCCCAUGUAUCAAGCGGAACUGUGCCCUGCAGCUAUGAGAGGGACGAUUGUCGGAUCGAUGCAGUUAUUCAACCAAGUCGGUCAGAUCACCGCGGCUGGCGUCAACCGCGCAUUCUAUCAAUCCACCAAACGCUCUGGAUGGCUUGUGCCGGUGUGCGUGCAGCUCAUUUGCCCCUUUGUCGUGGUUUUCGGCCUCUUCAUUGUCCCCGACGCCCCCCGCUGGCUUCUCAGUAAGAGCAGGUUCGAAGAUGCAGUCAAGAGCCUUGAGCGUGUAAGACCUGGCGAGGAUGUUCGUGCCGGUCUAUGCAGGAAGGAAGCCGAAGCCAUUCGAGAAGCCCUAGAUAACAAGGUUGAAAAGGGACCGUGGAUCGACCUUGUGCGAGGGACGAAUCUUCGACGGACGACGAUCGUCCUCACCCUUCUUCUGCUCCAGCAAUUCUGUGGUCAGGGGUUCGUCAGUCAAUAUUCUCCACGAUUCUACAAGAAGGUUGGCUUAGGCGCCCAUGCGUUUGACUACAACAUUGCUUCUGCGACCGCCGGCUGGGCGGGGUGUCUGCUGGGCAUGAUCGCCAGUGACAUUGUAGGUCGAAGGGACCUACUGAUCUGGGGCUGUAUUACCUUUUCUCUGUUCCUAUUUCUGGUCUCUGGCCUGGGUCUGCAUGCGCAUCCAUCGCCAUCGGAGGCUCGUGGACUGGUUGCGAGUGUUGUGCUGUACAUCUUCAUAUUCACAGGGUUGGUGGCUUUGCCUUAUCGAUUCGGGGCUACCCAUGCUGACAAAACUGUGCAGAACUCUGGCUCCAAUUUCGUAUGCUAUUGCUUCAGAAGUUCCGACUGCGGCCUUGAGAGAGAAGACGGUUGGUCUAGGAAUUGCUAUCAAGCAAGUCUCAUUCAUGUUGUGGGCGCCUUCAUUGUCGCCUUCUGUGUUCCCUACCUGAUCAAUGCUAUAUCUGCCAAUAUUGGGUGGCUUUUUGGCGGCAUUGCUCUCUUCACAGCCACAUGGGUGUUUUUCUUUGUCCCGGAGACCAAGAAUCGGUCUCUCGAGGAAAUGGACGAACUGUUUUCCGCCAGAAUACCUGCAAGGAAAUUCAAACACACUGAAACCGUGGGAGCUGCACAUCGUGUUACCGAACUUGAAAAUGCUGGACUCUCGGACGUGGUCACGGAGCCGGGAAAGGUGCAAGAAUGGCACGACGAGCAGCUCAGUGCAAAGGCCGGCUAA